AUGGAUGGCGAUGGCUUCGAUUUGUAUGAUGACUUGCAGCUGCAGCCAGAGCCAGUCGACCUGAAACCAGCUCCUCCGACCCCUCCGUGGAGAAAGCCGGCCAAGGUGGAGAAGAUCAGCCAGAAGCCGCAGUCCGGGGCGCAAGCUUUGCUGGAGCUUCUGCGUGCUGGAGCAGAGGACUUCCUGGAUGUGGAAGAGGACGACAGGCCGCAGCAGGAAAUCGAAGCAGGUCGCAAAGCAGAUUGGCUUCAUGAGCCUGAUUGCCUCGAGGUUGGUGAUGAUUCGACCGACGCAGUGGAAGCGCCUUUGAAGAGACAGCGGAUCCAGGCGAUGGAGCCGCCAGGUGAGGACGAGCCCCAAGCCGAAAGCGACGACGGGUUCGACUUCGAGUUCGAAGCGGACCUUCAAAAGGCCACGGCGAGGUCGCGGGCUACGGUCGGAUCGGGCAUGCUGAGUGAAGAUGGACUGAGCUGCACGCAGCUGGCUGUGGCAGCCGGGCCUGGGCCUUGCAGCGCUGCAGGUCCGGCACCGGGAACGACUUCCUCACAGUAUGUGUACAACACGCGCACGCAGCGCUGGGAAAGUGGCACGCAGUUCCGGAUGCCGAAGGAUGCAAGACGCGUCCAAGGUAGCGUGCCGAAGCGCAAGGUGAAGCUGUGCCGCUUCUUUGCCAUCUCGGGCUUUUGUAGAUGGGGAAACAGUUGCUACUUUGCACAUGGCGAGGCAGAACUCGCCCUCGGCGGUGAUGCGGUGUCUCAGCAGCAGAUCAUCUCAGAGUGCUCCUCCCGGGCAUGGGACGAUGCAGAGGGAGGCUGCUGCAGCUACGCCCAAGCCCUCGCGGUUCGGCUUGCGCUGCGCUUUGAGGCGCAGCCAGAACAUCUCCUGCCAACGAUGGAAAAGACUGGCUUGCCAGUGUCUGGAGACGGGGCCCGCGCGGCAGUAAAAAUGCUGCUGAGGCUGUGUCAUCCGGACAAGUGUGGGCAUCCGGAGGCCAAGAAGGCCGUCCAGAUCCUCGGGCCCCUGCUGGCGAAGUGCAGUUCGUAA